CUUCAUGCUGUUCAUAGAUUGUCAGAACGGAACUGUAUAGAAAUUGUCACUAAACUGAUUUCAGAAAAGCAGUUGGAAGUAGUGCACACACUUGAUGCGAAAGAGUAUGUCACUCCAGCACAGAUUAGUAGGGAGAUCCGGGAUGAGCUUCACGUUUGUGGUGGUCGAGUAAACAUUGUUGACUUACAACAGGUAAUAAAUGUGGACCUUCUGCACAUUGAAAACAGGGCUAAUGACAUCGUUAAAUCAGAAAAAACUAUUCAGCUUGUACUGGGACAGCUUAUAAAUGAGAGUUACUUGGAUCAAUUAGCAGAAGAAAUAAAUGAUAAACUACAGGAAACUGGCCAAGUGACAAUAUCGGAGCUCUGCAAGGCAUACGACCUUCCGGGAGACUUCCUGACACAGGCAUUGUCCAGGCGUUUGGGUAGAAUUAUUCAUGGACAACUAGACCAGGAAAACCGUGGGGUGAUUUUUACAGAAGCCUUUGUGUCCCGGCAUCGAGCGCGCAUUCGUGGUCUCUUCACUGCGAUUACUCGGCCUACACCUGUAAGUAACUUGAUCACUCGGUAUGGAUUUCAAGAACAUUUACUUUAUUCUGUGCUAGAAGAACUUGUUAACAGUGGUCGUCUAAAAGGCACCGUGGUUGGUGGGAGACAGGAUAAGGCUGUGUUUGUUCCAGACAUCUAUGCCAGAACGCAGAGCAACUGGGUGGAUUCCUUUUUCAAGCAGAAUGGUUACUUAGAAUUUGAUGCAUUGUACAGACUUGGCAUCCCCGACCCAGCAGGCUACAUUAAAAAAAGAUACAAAUCCACACAACUCUUAUUUCUGAGAGCAGCUUGUGUUGGUCAAGAAAUUGUGGAUCAAGUUGAAGCCUCUGUAGAAGAAGCCAUGAGCUCUAGAAACUGGAUAGAUGUAGCAACUCUUCUGCCAAGUUCAUUGUCAGUAGAAGAUGUUGGGAUUUUGCUUCAGCAUGUGAUGAGAUCUUUAAACAAAAAUUCUUCAGGUGUAGUCUUCAGUGACACCAUUGUGGUCAGUGAGAAAUUUCUGAGCAGCUGUGCUGACCUGUUUUCUGAUAUGAUGCAACAGAAAGCUGAAAAGGAAAUGAAAAAUAACCCUGUUAAUUUAAUCACUGAAGAAGAUUUAAAACAGGCUUCUGGUUUAGAGAAUUCAUAUGCUAAUAAGAAAGACAAGAAGGAUGAAAGAAGAAAGAAAGCAACAGAGGGCAGUGGAAGCGUGAGAGGAGGAGGAGGAGGUAAUGCUAGAGAGAUCAAGAUUAAGAAAACCAAGAAGAAGGGAAGAAAGGAUGCUGACAGCGAUGAAGAGUUGCAAGCAACUAGCACAGGUAGGAAUAAGCAGACGGAAUUCCCUUUCAUGUCACCAGAAGAAAUUCAGGAUGUUUUAAAGACCCACAUGCAGGAUUGCCCUGAAGAGCUUGUUACAGAACUUGCUGAACACCUAAUAAGACCUUUAACAAAAUCUUAUCAGGAAGUUGUGCGUUCUGUUUUUACGUCUUCAACAUCUUCCUCUGGAGCUAGCAGAAGACAGACUAUGAAGGACUUGCAGGAGGAAUUCUCAAACUUGUACAACAACAUUCGGUUAUUUGAAAAGGGAAUAAAGCAUUUCACAGAUGAGACUCAGACUAACCUUGCCAAACACCUGUUGAAGACUGUCUGUACAGACAUUACAAAUCUUAUUUUCAACUUCCUAGCAUCUGAUUCAAUGAUGACAACAGAAAAUUAUUCUACAAUCACAAGUGAGGUCCGAACCAAGAUUUUAGGUAAAUUGCCAGAAGACUCCAAAGGUCCUUUAACUAAACUGCAUAUUUCUCUGAAUGGCAAGAGUGUAGAAGAUUUUCUUUCAUGCCUUGAUUCUGCAGUGGAUAUUUGUGGUAUAAUGGUGAAAAAAGGAGACAAAAAGAAAGAAAGGCAAGUCCUGUUUCAGCAUAGACAAGCUCUGAUUGAACAGCUAAAAGUCACAGAAGAUCCAGCUCUUGUUCUGCACUUGACAUCAGUACUGUUGUUUCAGUUUUCAACACACUGUAUGCUUCAUGCACCAGGAAGAUCAGUACCACAAAUCAUUAAUUUCCUAAGUGGCAAGAUCCCAGAGGAUCAGCAUUCUCUGUUAGUCAAAUACCAGGGAUUAGUAGUGAAACAAUUGAUCAGCCAGACUAAGAAAACUGAACAGGGAGACGGUGACACAACAGAUAACCUGGAAGAGGAGGAAGGAGCAGAUACCAUUCGAAAAGAGCUCCAGGAAAUCACUACUUCUAUCAAAGAUCUUGUUCUCAGACCUAGAAAGUCUUCUGUAACAGAGGAAUAGAAUUCUUAUUCAGUGUAUCCACAUCCAUGAUACAGAUU